GGAGACUAGGCCUGGGUUUGGGGACUUCCUGCGCCAAGCGUAGGCCUACACCGGUCGUCGCCAGGGCCAGGGUAUCGGCUGCGGCUUCUUCGCGGCCCUGCUCUAUGGAGGCGGUGGGCUGACGGGAGGCCGGGGUGUGAUGAGACUGACGCGAAAGCGGCUCUGCUCCUUUCUAACCGCCCUGUACUGCCUCUUCUCCCUCUACGCCGCUUACCACGUCUUUUUCGGGCGCCGCCAGGCGCCGGCAGCGUCCCCGCGGGGCCUCAGGAAGGGGGCGGCCCCUGCGCGGGAGAGGCGCGGCCGAGAACAAUCUGCUUUGGAAAGUGAAGAAUGGAAUCCUUGGGAAGGAGAUGAAAAAAAUGAGCAACAACACAGAUAUAAAACUAGCCUUCAAAUAUUAAAUAAAUCCACAAAAGGAAAAACAGACCUUAAUGUGCAGAUCUGGGGCAAAGCUGCCAUUGGGUUGUAUCUGUGGGAGCAUAUUUUUGAAGGUUUACUUGAUCCAACUGAUGUGACUGCUCAAUGGAGAGAAGGAAAUUCAGUUGUGGGAAGAACACAUUUCAGCUUCAUCACUGGUCCAGCUGUAGUUCCAGGGUACUUCUCUGUUGAUGUGCAUAAUGUGGUACUCAUUUUAAAUGGAAGAGAGAAAACAAAAGUCUUUCAUGCCACCCAGUGGUUACUUUAUGCACAAAAUUUAGUGCAAACUCAAAAGCUCCAACAUCUGGCUGUUGUUUUGCUUGGAAAUGAACAUUGUAAUAAUGAAUGGAUAAGCCAGUUCCUCAAAAGUAAUGGAGGCUCUGUUGAGCUCCUUUUCAUAAUAUAUGACAGCCCCUGGAUUAAUGGAGUGGAUGUUUUCCAGUGGCCUUUAGGCGUAGCAACAUAUAGGAAUUUUCCUGUAGUAGAAGCAAGUUGGUCAAUGUUACAUGAUGAGAGGCCAUACUUAUGUAAUUUCUUAGGAACUGUUUAUGAAAAUUCAUCAAGACAAGCACUAAUGAACAUUCUAAAACAAGAUGGGAAUGAUAAGCUUUGCUGGGUUUCAGCAAGAGAACAGUGGCAGCCUCAGGAGACAAAUGAAAGCCUUAAGAAUUAUCAGGAUGCUUUGCUUCAGAGUGAUCUCACUCUGUGCCCAGUAGGAGUAAACACAGAGUGCUACAGAAUAUACGAGGCUUGCUCCUAUGGUUCCAUCCCUGUUGUGGAGGAUGUGAUGACCCCUGGCGUUUGUGGAAAUUCAUCUGUGUGCCACAGUGCUCCUCUACAGUUACUCAAGACCAUGGGCGCUCCCUUCAUCUUUAUUAAGAACUGGAAGGAACUGCCUGCUGUUUUAGAAAAAGAAAAGACCAUACUUUUACAAGAAAAAAUUCAAAGAAGAAAAAUGUUGCUUCAGUGGUAUCAGCACUUCAAAACAGAACUCAAGUUGAAGUUUACUAAUAUUAUAGAAAGUACAUUUCUAGUGAAUAAUAAAAGCUAACACUUCAUUCUCUUUUUGAGCU